UCAUGCUGCAAAAGCUCUGUCUGGCAGCAAAAGGACUAAGACAACAGCAACAGAGAAUCUAAGGACGAGGAGGAUACUUACCAGGAAGGAUUAAUACAUUUGUCGUUCUGGAGUACAUGCGCCUUUUCUCUGAUGAUUUUGGCGCAACUGCUGGGAUCGAAUCGGUACUUUUUUAAUAUUUGGGAGGACAAAGUGGGCGAAUGUUUUUAUUCUCCUGUCACUGUUAUUCAUCUCUUCAGCCGCACUGAUUUACUUGCACUGACCGGUUUUCUGCUGAAAACCGUGUCGGGUGUCUUCCCCCUCCUCCUCCUCCCGCCUUUCCUCGCUGCCCGGUCACUCCUUUUGUACCCUCCUUUUUUCUUUGGCUCCAAAGAUGCCUAGCUCACUGUUCGCCGACUGCAGCGUGCAGGGAGAUGCACUGGACGACCAGAGAGCCCUGCAGAUCGCCCUGGACCAGCUCUCUCUGCUUGGGUUGGGCAACGACGACAACCCGUUGUACGACGACAGCAAGGAGCCUCGGACAAAGAGUGUCAACAUGACUGAGUGCGUUCCUGUGCCCAGCUCUGAGCAUGUGGCCGAGAUUGUAGGCAGACAAGGUUGCAAGAUUAAAGCACUGCGAGCAAAGACCAACACCUAUAUCAAGACUCCGGUCCGAGGUGAGGAGCCAAUUUUUGUCGUGACGGGCAGAAGGGAGGAUGUGGCGAUGGCCAGGAGGGAGAUCAUCUCAGCGGCAGAACAUUUCUCCAUGAUUCGAGCUUCCAGAAACAAGAACACCAGCAUAAAUGGCAGCGGUGCUCCAGUUCCAGGGCCUCCUAACCUACCUGGACAAACUACCAUCCAAGUGCGAGUACCUUACCGCGUAGUGGGUCUUGUUGUAGGCCCCAAGGGCACUACAAUUAAACGCAUCCAGCAACAGACCCACACUUACAUUGUGACUCCCAGUCGGGACAAGGAACCAGUUUUUGAGGUGACAGGGAUGCCAGAAAAUGUGGACCGAGCCCGUGAGGAGAUUGAAGCUCAUAUCGCAAUGAGAACAGGGGGUCUUAUUGAGGUGCAGGAUGAAAACGACUUCCAUGCCAACGGAACAGAUGUGGGUUUUGAUCUCAAUGGGCACCCCGCUGUGUGGUCAAAGCACAGCGUUGGGAUGACACCCACGUCUGUGCGCAAGCCCUUCUCCAAGUACCGCAAUAACUCGUCCUCCUCCCUAGGAAGCGCCUCCACUGACUCGUACUUUGGUACUAAUUCCCGCAUGCCAGACUACAGCCCCCCUAGCCCUGCACUUAGUUACACAACCAAUAACAUGAAUAGCAACAAUGACAACAAUAUCAGCGUCAACACAAAUGGCAAUGGCUUCGUUUUUGGAAAUGAGUCAAUUUCCCCUGACUGCACUGAUCCGACUUUCGAUUCCCCACCAGGGCUUGACCUCCCGCCGUCCCAACCAGCCAUUUUUUGGUCCCAGUGCGAAAAUCGAAUUAACCCCACUUUUACUGGAGGCAGCUCUCCCAUCUCCACGCCAGAUAUGUUUCCCGCCAAUUCCAAUGGCACAGUGCUGAAUCAGAGAAGAAUGAACAGAAACACGUCCCAGUCGAGAAUGUCACCGCCCCUCCACACUGGUACCAUCGAGCACCAGUUUGCACGAAGGCUCUGCACUGACCCGAGUGAAGACUUGCGCAGUUUCCCCGGUUAUGUCCACACAGUUGCCUCCCUGACAAACUCUCACCUUCCUUGCGUUCCAUGCGAUUCUUCUGCCUGCUCCUCUUCCUCCUCCUCCUCCUCCUCAUCCACCAGCCGUAAAGGAAGCCGCGACUGUUCAGUGUGCUUUGAAAGCGAGGUCAUUGCAGCACUGGUCCCCUGUGGGCACAACCUCUUUUGUAUGGACUGUGCCAAUCGUAUCUGUGAGCGAAGCGAGCCUAAAUGCCCCGUCUGCCACACCGGCGUUACUCAGGCCAUACGUAUCUUUUCCUAAGAAUGACUCACUCUUCAUAUUGCUUUGACAGAAUCGAUAAUCGUCCUCAGUUUGGAACGUGUACAAAGGAUUACAUAGGAGCUGUAUGUUUGAGGCUGUCAUGUGAAAAGGAACAGAAACACUUCCUUCUGGGUUUGUUGGCUUGAGCAAAAGAUUGUACUGUAGCUUGGGGAAAUAUUUUCAGCAUCGAGAUGCAUGUGUUAGUAUGAAAAAAUAGUUAUCAAUAGCCCUUGUCAGUUGCAACUAAUAUUUAUGUGACCGGAGACAUUGGAUGCAGGUGUGUGGAGCCCACUUAAGGCUGGCUGCAGGCUGUGCCAUCGAGUUUGCUCAAAGGAAUGUAAUAAAGACGCCUGCCACGAGCUGCGGAACUAAACAGGAACGAAAUGAACAUUAAAUUAACAAUAAAUACAUACCAAGACACUUCAGUUCCUGUUUGCAGAGAUAUCCGAUAGAAUGCAUUUUCUUGAACUCUUAAAUGACAAGGAUUUUUUUUCUCCUUUUUUGACUUGAACAAGCAUAUUUCUUACUGCAAAGAUGUUUACAAAUAUUGUGAGUUUCGUGAAGCUCGGUUGAAAUUUUGUUUAUUUUUUAGUAGGGCCUAAUGGCAUCGAUCACUGUACACAUUAUUUUAAUACCAUACUCGUGUGCGGGUGAGAACCAAACGCACAAAAUAUGUUUUGCAUUUUGUAGUGUUCCGAUGAGAUGAAGUUUCAAUAGGUUCAGCAACACUUUAAAUCUGCUUCACUUUGCAUAUUUUUUGUUUGGUAAUAUAAAGCAUAUUUUAUUGUACAUGUUUAUGAAACAUUGAAAUGUGCAAAUCUUAGCGAGGUGAAGACAAAGAUACAUUUAAUGCUUUCUUAAAUUUGUAUGUAUUGGAUUUUGGUGGGAAUUACAGGAUUCUGUUGCACCACUAUAGUUUUCGUAUUUCUAUUUUGAUACAUUAUUUACCACUUGUUUAUGUAUUUGUAGUUGUUAGUAUAAAUGCACUUAAUUUUAAGAACAAAUAUAUUUUAUUUUAUGAUAAAGGACCUGGAACCUCACGGUCAAACGCUACUUUUAUAUUUCUUGAGACAAGAUUUGAAAAAAUAUCAAGAGUUUUUAUUUUUCUGAAAUGUUAUAUGUGAAAUGUUAUACAUGAUAAGUAAUGGUGCUACUUCAUUUUAUUUUAUUUUUUAAGUAUUUCUAUACAAACCAAA